AUGGACCCGAGCAUUUAAAAAACAGAUAUAGACGGCACAAAAGAAGGAGAGAGCAGCAGUCAAACCGACCUCCCUCCGUUUGUCCGGCUCCUGUGCUCUUUCUCCAUCUCACCAUCUCUGUCAUCAUUGCAGUAUGUAGAACAAUGGGGAUAGCUGGAGAACUUUCCAUUGCUGCAGAUGCUGAGAAGAAGAAGAGGAGCAGAAGAUGGGGAGUUGCAGUCAUGACACUCUGGCAGCUCGGCGUUGGCUAUCUGUGGUGUGCUCUGUUCCUCCCAACACUUCCAGGAGCUCAAGGAGGAGCCUUGCUGACAAUACAGCCAGAAAAAGCUGUGGUGGCAUUUGGAGGCUCCAUUGUGUUUAACUGCAGCACCAGCUGCAAGAAUCUCACAAAAAUUGGCAUCGAGACCAAGGAGAAGACGGAGAGCAAGGGAAAUGGGACCACUUGGGCCGCUUUUCAACUUGUAAAUGUCAGCGAGUGGGACUCCACCCCAAAAUGCUACGCUUAUUGCAACGAGACUGCAACUCUUCAAAGUGCAACCCUCACUGUUUACCGAGCGCCGGAACUAGUAGUGUUGAAUCCGUUGCCAGAGAUGGAGGUGGGCAAGGAAUAUAACUUGACAUGUUGGGUUCACAAUGUCGCCCCCAGAAGGAACCUCACCGUGACCUUCUUGAAAGGAGAGACGAAACUGCACCAGGAGACAUUUAAGGAGCACUCUGCACGUGAAGCUGGUGAUGUUGUGGUGACCCACAGCAUAACAGCUCAACAAUCCAAGAAUGGGGAGGAAUUCAGCUGCCAGGCAGACUUGGAUCUGAGGCCUGAAGGGCAGCUCUUUGAAAAGGCCUCCCACAACCAAUCACUAAUGGCAGUCGUGUUUUCAGUGGAUCCCCAUCUCAACACCUCACAUGACAUACUGGAGAUCAGUUCUGAGAUGGAUGUGGAAUGUGAGGUGGCUGGGCUUUUCCCAGCCAAAGAGGCCCGGUUUGACCUGACUUUUGCUGGAGAGAGAUUGAAGUUCAGCAGCAACGUGUGGAAUGAUAUGGCCACAGCCAAGGCUCAAGCAUCCUCCUCCUCAGUAGGAAAACAUGAGCUGAACUGCACAGUCUCUCUGGGGCCGAUAAUCAGAACUGCAACAAAAACUGUGGCUGUCUUCAGUUUGCCUGACCCCAUCCUGCACGUUGACCCCCAAGCGGUCCUUGUCAACAAGACUGUGACCUUCACGUGCAAUUCUAGUGGCACUGGAUCCCCUGGCAUUAAAAUGCAGAUCAGAGACGCCAAGGAAACCUUCGCAUCUGCAAGCAAUUCUUCUCUGCAGGUUCUCCGGACAGCCCAGGAAGAAGACGAUGGGGGGGAAUUUACAUGCAAAGUGGAACUGAUGGUGGAUGGGCACCCAGUCCCAGUUGUAAAGAAGACCUUUGCAAAGCUCACGGUCUUCUAUGGGCCCCGAAUGAAUGAUACUCAUUGUCCCAGUCACUGGGUCUGGACAGAAGGCAAUGAAGAGACCUUUGUCUGCUUGGCCUGGGGAAAUCCAGAGCCAACUGUUGAAUGCUGGAAAGACCAGACACCAAUUAAACUUGGGGCACCACAACGCGUCACCAUGGAUCAGGAUGGGCUCUAUCAGUGCAAUGCUACCAAUGAAUAUGGCUCCAAUGUUAGAUAUGUGACCAUCCAUGUUGAGAGAAAUCGUAGUAGUAUCAUUGUGGCCUCUACCUCUAUACUCAUUCUGCUUGUCUUGCUGGUGUUAAUUCUCAUGUACUACCUGUUCAUCGGGGUGCAUGGAACUGCCGCUGUAACGGGAUCAAGGGAAGAACAAAUAUGAAACAAAAUGAGCUGAAAAGCCUUUGUGUAACAACACAGACAACAGAAUUGCUGUUUUAUGAACAACUUAUACAAGCAAUGCGUAAUGAGUCAUGAAGUCAUUCUGAAGCACAUAAUGCACGGGAAAGCACCGCGAAAACAAAGAAAUACAAAUCAGAAUCACUAUCAAGUAAGAUCUUGAGCACAAUACCCACAAAAAUGAGAACGGAAAAGCCACUGACUGACAUGAUGAGGAAAAUUACUCUCAGUUGAAAUUCAGAGAAGAUAGGACUAUUGAGUAACUGGAUAUCAGCCUAAGGAUUGUUUGGUUUUUUAAGGAUUGUUUGGGUAUCAGCUAUUUUGUUCGUUACAGAAAACAUACUAUUGAAAAUGUUUGUCUGGAUUUUCUCAUAAGAAACAAGGUCCCAGUGGACAUUUCAGAGGAAUGACAGAUUGUAUAUUUGCCCCUUUAAUAGAUGAGAUUCAGUGAAUCCCAUCUAUCAGAUAAAAUAAAUAUUCUGUUGACAUAGCAAUCUGCAUAGCCAAUGGACCUAAUGUCACUUUGGUAUCAUUAAAAAAAGGUUGGUCGUAGUGCCUGGAGAUUAGAGCAGAAGGUUGUACUAAGUGGGUGGGGGUGGGGGGAAGGAUAUCCCGGCAAUUUGAAAUUGUCUUUUGAAGGAAUCCUUGUGCACUGAUCUGGUUUAAAGAAACAGGGAAAGCACAGUGAACCCCUUGAUGCCUUACUUGCCUUGACCCACUGACACAGUGAAUGGCUUAGAUUGGAUGUAACUGACCAUGUUUAUAUUUAGCCAGGAGAUCAAACUAAGAAAUUGUUGUCAUCACCAAAACCUCCAUUAGACCCAGGUAUUCUGAAGACCAAGAGUAUACCAAGUAGGCAACCAACCAGCUCCUUAGAGGUCUAGGGGGCAUACCUCACUCUGCCUCUACCAAUCGUUAUAUGGACUGAAGGCCCUGCCUUAGGCACCAAAACCAGAGUGUAACUUGGAAGUAGACGCUAUUGUUGCCCAAGCUGACCAUGUCUUAUGGCAGCAAUAGCAACAGAGAAGAUACCACCAAGAUGACACUGGACAUGUACAUAAUUUGCAGACUUUCCAUAACAGCUACGAUAGGAGGUGUCAUCUUGGAGAUGGCCUCCUCACCGUACAGUUAUUGUCACCAAAUUUCAAGGCAUGCAGUCCAUGUUCUUAAGCUUGUUGCUAUAGAUCUGCCAGAGGAGCACCUGUUCUCUUCCGACCUGUCCUCAGUGCUCACAAGGCUGCAUGGUUGAGGAUCUGGUGGUGGUGAAGGCCACGGCAAAGUAAGCAGAGAUAGAAUCCAGGCUGGUGAUGAGGCUGCAGCAAAGUUGUGGCAAGGCUAGGUGAGGGGAGGGCAGAAGAAGGACUGGAGCAAAGGCUGGAGGAGAAGCAAGGCGGGAGCUGAUGCAAGGCACAAGGCAAGGCUGGAGUACCCUGGAGAGGCCCAAGGGAACAAGUUGACUCAUCAGGGUCUGUAGACCAACUAAACCCUUAAGUACUGCCUGAGAACAGAUCACUCCUCCCCAGCCCCACCUCCAUGCCUAGAGUGUCCUGGCUUAAAAGAGGCCAUAGCACGGAAUCUGACACUUCUCCGCCAUUCCAGCUGGUUUCCCCUGGAUUGCUGGUGACGCCAACAUCCUGAUGUGGGGGGGGGGGGUUUGACGAUGGCAGAGAGGCCAGCUCUGCAGCAGUUUCCGGUUCCCCAAGUAUAACUUCCGGGGUCUCAGACCCUAAAGAGGCUCCCUCAAUGGUUCCUGCCCCUAGGGCUUCCUCAGCUUCUUGCUCAGUGGUGUAGUCUAGGGACGUGCAGAACGUUCUGCCUCAAAAUGGGCAUUUCAAGUAUUCUGAGCUCAGAAGCAGAACACGCUUUAAAAAGGGGUCCUGUUCCAAGCUCAGAACAACUCAUUCCAACCCCAUCCCAAGCGCCAUUUUGUGAAGCUCAGGAUGGCGGUUGGACCAUUCCAACAGAAUGGUCCUAUUCUGUUGGAACCACCGGCUUGCUCGGUGGUUCCAAUGGAAUGUUUAGCACAUUUUGCUUUCUGUUCCGAGCUCCAACCCCUUCUAGAAAGAUAGCUUCACCACAUGUGUUUAAUCCAGUUUCCAGUUUUAAUUGGUUUUAGUCUUCUGAUACUGCCUGCCAUUUUGUCUUGCUGCCUGCCUGCUUUGAUUUUCUUUUAUUAUCUAUUGCUAUGUUUUGAUGAGCAGAGGUAAAAUAUCUGUUUCUCCACACCAGAAUGUCAAGGUCUAAGAUUAGCAAGUACUUUAGCAUGAUUUGUAUUCUCCAACUACAGUGUAACAAAAGAGAGGAAGGCCCUGAGUGACCUCCUAGAGCCAUACUUUUGACUUGAUCCCUCUCUGAAAGAAGCAUAGGAGCUGUGCUGUGCAGCAAUUCAAUGGCUCAAGGAAAAGUAUUCUGCAUAGACUCAGAGGCAACCACCUUUCCAACCAGUUACCAUCAAGCAUGAAGAAAAGCAGCCCCAGAUCAUUUUGGUGUGGGAGAUGCAGCUUUGAAAGGAACAUGCAGGGUUCCAUAUCCGAAAGAUCCACUGUGUGGUUCUUCUGGAAGUCAUCUUAUUCUAUGCGCAAAUUAGCUGUAGCAGAAAACGCUCAGUAGGACCAGCUAAAAGUCACCAAGUAGCCAACAAGCUUGGUCAGAACUCUUUGUCAGACUGGAUGUUAAGAGAAAUAGGGAGAAAAAUGUUGCUGGGCAUUAUGAAAAAAACCCAGUCUCUGUUAAGAUAGAAUUUUAAUGAUUGGGAAUGUUAUUUUUAAAUUGUUAAAUUGUUUUAAGUUUUUUUGUAUAUGUUUUUAACUUGUUUUAUGCUAUUGUUAACUGCCCAGAGAUGAAGGUUUGGGGUGGUGUACAAAUUUGGUAAAUAAAUUAGAUAGAUAGAUAGAUAGAUAGAUAGAUAGAUAGAUAGAUAGAUAGAUAGAUAGAUAGAUAGAUGUUGCCAGAGUAAUGCUGAAUUUUUUUUACAAAUGAGUUGGGACUGCAUUGCAAUACAUAAGUAUUGAAGAUCAGUAUUAAUGAAUAUAAAAAGAAUUAUAAAAUGUUGAGGUACCUCUUGACCCCUCUAGGCAGUGUUACUAGAAUAUACUAGCCCAUUAGCAGUAUGACAGACAUCCUUAAUAUCAAAUUUGUUAACAGCUGCCAAAAAUAUUUUUGCCAGAAAUUGGAAGAAUAUAAAAUCCCUUACUAUAAAAGAAUGGAUCGGUAGAGUGCUGUUGCUAGAAAGCCUGAUUUUGAGGAGCACAGAGCACACACACACACACCUGCCCGCCAUGUUGGAUUCUUCCGUUCAUGAGAAUGUGAACUUUUCACCUGCCCAUAUUUGACAAAAGCUGACAGCUGGUCGAUUAGCACGAGCAAAGCAUGGGGCAAUGUACCUCGAAGUCAUAACAGCUAAAACUGCAAGGGGUCAUCCCCAGCCUCUCUCUCAUUAUCUCAAGAGAAGAAAAACAGACAGCAAGCAGACCUAAUUCAACAGGCACUGCUUAAGGGAAGAGAAUACUUCAGUUUCACAUGAGAGAUGGCUGGCAAGCGCCCUCUGCUGCAACACAGAUAAGAAGCGACAUUUCCCAACCCACCAUUAACAGCUCAAUUAGUUGGCAAGUGACUAGAGCAGAGUAGGAAUUUGCAGACCGGUCCGGCAGUCUGGCGGUUUGGUCCGGGGGUUCGUGGUUAAACCGAACCACUCCCCUGGUUCCAUCGGACAGGAACCGGACCACCAAGUCCAGUCCAGCAGGUCUGUGAACUUUAAAAAAAAUUUUUUUAAAGUCAAUUAAGUAUCUGUAGACCCUUUGAGGGGCUUGCUGAAGCUGUA